ACAUUCGGUCGACACGGUACGUGCGUGUAGUCGUCCACCACACGAUUCCUUUGACCACCGACCAGCAUUCAAGUGUGUGUGGUGCUCUGUGUGAUUGUGCCGCGCGGGUUCAAGUUGAAGUGUUUUCCCGCAUUUUCCGACGGUUGCUGACAAAGGCAUACUUAUCCGGUUCCGCGGAAAAAAAACAAGUGUCGCCGUGAUUUAUUCUACCCAUCGGGCUACCCAAGUUCCUAUUCGAGCGAGAUCUCAUCUUAGUGGUACGGAAGUGUUACACACAUAGAAGCUUGGAUAAAAUGGCCAACAACAGUAUUAACCCAUUUAACAUCCCACCAGUCACCGAAAUGCAGGCGCCAGAGUUCAAGGACUUUGCGAAGGAGAUGGUCGAUUACAUCUCCAACUAUCUCGAGAACAUCCGCGACAGGCGUGUUCUGCCGACCGUUCAGCCCGGCUACUUGCGGCCACUGAUUCCGGACGAAGCGCCGCAGCAGCCGGAAAAGUGGGAAGAGGUGAUGGCCGACGUUGAGCGCGUGAUCAUGCCCGGUGUGACGCACUGGCACAGCCCCAAGUUCCACGCCUACUUCCCGACGGCCAACUCCUACCCGGCGAUCGUGGCCGACAUGCUGAGCGGUGCGAUCGCUUGCAUCGGUUUUACUUGGAUUGCCAGUCCUGCCUGUACCGAGCUGGAGGUGGUUAUGCUUGACUGGCUGGGCAAGAUGCUGGACCUGCCGAAGGAGUUCCUGGCCUGCUCCGGUGGGCAGGGUGGCGGUGUCAUUCAGGGCACGGCCAGCGAGGCAACGCUGGUCGCGUUGCUCGGCGCUAAGGCGAAGGCGAUGAAGCGCGUCAAGGAGGAGCAUCCCGACUGGGACGAUAAUACGAUCGUGUCGAAGCUGGUCGGAUACACAUCCAAUCAAUCCCACUCCUCGGUGGAGCGUGCCGGACUGCUCGGCGGUGUGAAGCUGCGCGGCCUGAAGGCGGACGAAAAUCUGAAGCUGCGCGGUGAAACGCUCGAACAAGCGAUCAAGGAAGAUCUGGACGCAGGGCUGAUUCCGUUCUACGUGGUGGCGACGCUCGGCACCACCAACACGUGCGCGUUCGACCGGCUGGACGAGAUUGGACCCGUCGCCAACCAGUACAACGUGUGGGUGCACGUCGAUGCGGCGUACGCCGGGUCGGCCUUCAUCUGUCCCGAGUACCGGUACCUGAUGAAGGGCAUCGAGACGGCCGACUCGUUCAACUUCAACCCGCACAAGUGGAUGCUGGUCAACUUCGACUGCAGCGCCAUGUGGCUGAAGGAACCGUACUGGAUCGUGAACGCGUUCAACGUCGAUCCGCUCUACCUGAAGCACGAUAUGCAGGGCUCGGCACCGGACUACCGCCACUGGCAGAUCCCGCUCGGUCGCCGGUUCCGUGCGCUGAAGCUGUGGUUCGUGCUGCGCCUGUACGGGGUGGACAAUCUGCAGGCCCACAUUCGGCGCCACUGCGGGUUCGCCAAGCAGUUCGAGGCGCUGUGCCGGGCGGACGACCGGUUCGAGAUAUUCGGCGAGGUGGCGAUGGGCCUGGCCUGCUUCCGGCUGAAGGGCACGAACGAGCUGAGCGAGGCGCUGCUGAAGCGCAUCAACGGGCGCGGCAACAUCCAUCUCGUCCCGUCCAAGGUGAACGAUGUGUACUUCCUGCGCAUGGCGGUGUGCUCGCGCUUCACAGAGCCGGCCGAUAUUGACUACUCGUGGAAGGAGGUGGCCGCGGCCGCCGACGAGCUGCUGGCCGAGCAGAAGAAGUAGAUUGUGCAUCAUCGCACUGUCGCUCACGCCCUCCUCAUCCUCAUGCAAACAAUCUACAUCGUUAAGUUUUGUGUUUUUUUGUUGUUGUGUACCGUCAAGUGAACGUUUAAUUUAUUAUUACAUGUGCAAGUCAACGAAAAACACGUUCACUGUGCGCGCGUAGCCGUUCGGCGCGCGCUCAGCAAGUAUUACAGGGACCAGGGGGAAUUUGGUACUGCGGGGAAGCUGGUGUACCCGUGUACCCAACUUAGGGACACAUUCGCGUGGCAAUCAUGUUGCAAUACCGGCAAACCAGGCAAUAAUGAGUAACGAUAACACAAUAACGCGUUAUGCGCGAUGAACCGUUUUAGCCAGAUGUUCGUAUAUGCUUAUUGGGCUCGUUGUUGUAUCGAUGUUCGAUGUUUAUAUAGUGAACCUGUUGGGCUGAUAAUAAAAUCUAAGGCAUACCACUUCAAA